GUCAGUGCUUGUCAGCCGUUCGCAUUUUAGGAAGUGCAUCGAAUUUAUGGAAAAAAUGUUAUUUUGAUAUUUUUAUGCGAUUUCCGAAGUGUUUUCGUGGGAUGUAUGACUAACAACAUUCCUGGAAUGGUUAGUGUGCACAAGUGAACUAAGUUAAGUGACGUUGGGGAGGGCACGAGUUGUUUUAGAAAUCGGACCCUUGAAAGAAGUGGCCUCUAGGAAAGCUAAGGUUUUGACGCACGUGUAGUGUUUUGCUGCAUCUAAACUUCUCUUUAAGGAAAACAAACUGUUUUUUCCAGCGAUAUAAUUAUAAGGACGUAGAUUAUCGUUACUGAGUGUAUUAGAAGUCUUGUUCUUGUUAUUGUUUUGCUCCGUGUUUUUGACCCUUGCAUCCGUCCGUCGCGGUUCCCAGGCAGGCCCAUUAUACGUCGCGACAGAGGGAAGUUAGGCAGUUGAAACGAUCCGGAGCUACGUCCUUCAUGUUUCUAAUUUGACGUUUCAUUCUGUUUACGUCUCGAAUGGCGGCAUUGACGAAAUGCAAAUAUGUCCCCUUACCUCUAUGUAAAAUUAGAUGAGUUUUGGAUCCAUGAUUCGUCUUGCCGGUAUUUAUUUUCGGGGCAAAUUACUGGGCGGAAAGUGCAUUUAUUCUUAAGAAAUUGUUCUUGUCGAUCGUCGACUACCGGAGGUUAGUGGCCCUAGAGCACGCGGAAUUGUUUACUUUGUGAUAGAAUAGAUGCUUAAGAUGGUCCUGUAAAAUCAUCCCUUUAAUGGCAAGAUAAGUGGUUGUGGUCCAGACGACGAAGAGGUAUUUUGGCUAACCUUUUAUGUUUUUGAUCUCCCAAUGGCGUGGCAUAAACAGGACCACGUUAACAUGCUCAUGGAUAAAAACAAACCCAAAAUGCCAAUAUCAAUACCGAACAGCAGCGACCCACAGCAACAGCGACGCCAUGUUCCGUUAUAUGGGCGACUGGUCGCCGAUGACCCGUUGGGUGGCACGGUGUCCACCUCGGCCGUAUCAAGCGCGCCAUCUACGACUGAUAUCCAAGCGAUGCAAGCUCGAAUACCGCUUACAUUCCGAGACCCGGCUACGGCUCCCCUCAGAAAGCUCAGCGUGGAUCUGAUUAAGACUUAUAAACAUAUUAAUGAGGUAUAUUAUGCUAAAAAGAAACGCCGUGCGGCCCAAGUCCAAGGCGACGAUAGUUCGCAUAAAAAAGAACGAAAGAUUUACAAUGACGGUUAUGACGACGACAACCAUGACUAUAUCAUCAAGACCGGUGAAAAGUUCCUUGACAGAUAUGAAAUUGACUCCCUUAUUGGCAAGGGGUCUUUUGGACAAGUGGUGAAGGCCUACGACCACGUGGAGCAGUGCAAUGUGGCUAUUAAAAUAAUAAAAAAUAAAAAACCCUUCCUUAACCAGGCCCAAAUCGAGGUCAAGUUGCUCGAAAUUAUGAAUAAGGCUGACGCAGAGAAUAAGUAUUAUAUAGUAAAAUUAAAAAGACAUUUUAUGUGGCGGAAUCAUCUAUGUCUCGUGUUCGAAUUAUUGUCGUACAACUUGUAUGACCUACUGCGAAACACGAAUUUCCGAGGCGUAUCUCUGAAUUUGACGCGAAAGUUCGCGCAGCAGCUGUGUACGGCGCUGCUGUUCCUUUCCACUCCCGAACUUAGUAUAAUUCACUGUGAUCUUAAACCUGAGAACAUUCUCUUGUGUAAUCCGAAGAGGUCAGCGAUUAAAAUUGUUGAUUUUGGUAGCUCGUGUCAACUCGGACAAAGGAUAUACCAGUAUAUCCAAUCGAGGUUCUAUCGAUCGCCGGAGGUUCUUCUAGGCAUAUCAUACGAUCUGGCCAUCGACAUGUGGUCCUUAGGUUGCAUUCUAGUAGAGAUGCACACCGGAGAGCCGCUAUUCAGCGGAUCGAACGAAGUGGAUCAAAUGAACAAAAUCGUGGAGGUGUUGGGAAUGCCACCCAAGCACAUUCUGGACCAGGCGAACAAAACUCGAAAGUUCUUUGAGAAAGUCGCUAGCGAGCGAGGUAGUGGCAGCUAUCGAUACGUCCUAAAAAAAACUAAGGACGGCAAGAAAUACAAAAGCCCAGGUUCAAGACGGUUACAAGAGAUCCUCGGUGUAGACAAUGGUGGACCGGGCAGUAGGAGGGCCGGAGAACCAGGACAUGCGCAGUCAGACUAUCUUAAAUUUAAGGACCUAAUAACGCGAAUGCUUGACUACGACCCCAAAACUCGUAUAACUCCUUAUUACGCACUGCAGCAUGGGUUCUUUAAGCGCACCAGCGACGAGGGUACGAAUACUGCGUCGGCAACGGCCAACCAUAGUGCGAGUAGCAGUCCCGCUAUUACUGGCCUUGAUAUAUCUAACAGUCAGCAUGGGUUAAAUUUUGUUAGUCGAUCCCGUGAGCUGUUCUCGGCCCACCACUAUCAACCGGAGCAACCACAACAACAAAUUAGCGCGUCUUAUGCCGGGUACUCAACCCUGUGGAAUCCGCAGACAGCUCAAUCCCCGACAACGGGACGGGCGCCACAUAACCCUCACCGCGGUCAACAGACGCAGGCCCAACAAGUGGUACCUCAACGGUACCACCAGGUGCCGCAUCAGGCUGUCCUGAACCACGGCCCGGCAUCUCUACAGACUUACACCCUCCCUAAACAACAUAACGGUAAUAACGGCGGGGGUAACCAGGGAGCACAGGUGGUACCGCAUCAGAAUGUGCGCAAACAGUCGGAUGGUACUAACCGGGAUGGGAACAGUCCCAUGGUUGGAGUUUGUCUACAGCAAAGCCCUGUUGUGAUUCAUUAAAUUUGCGUCACCGCAAUAAGAGUCAGUCAAUCGUAAUAUGCGGACGUUAGAGGUAAUAUUUAGGGAGACACUCGCUCUGUGGUUAUUCCUCUAAGAGAGGUUGUAUUUGCGUUAGCUGAGGUAUUUGGGUUUUUACUUGAGACUCUGCGAACUAAUUGGCGCGAAGAAUUAAUUACGGAUUACAGUAAUCUGGAUUAGAAAGGAAAUUCCGGAUAAAGCGUAGCUGAGUGAUGAAAGUUUGCUCAAAUUGGUUUCACUUUCAAGAUGGAUAAAAAAAUUAAUAAACUUCAAGGUAUGCCGUAAAUGGUGUUUUUUUUCUUCUAAUUUUAGUAUAUUGGUAUUCAAAUAGUUAUAACAAGUCAUUCUUUUAAAUUCUAAUAAUAUACAGGGAAAAUUAAUUCGCAAAUAAAAUAAAUGAAUUAUGUAUGCGGUUUUUUCAUUUCAAAGCGAACCACCCUUCAUAAAUUUUUGUUAAAAAAAGAAAAUGCAUUUUUACUAAAGAUGUAGUUAUUAAAGAGUGCAAGCUUUUAUUAGAGAUGUUAGCUUCUCACCAUCUUUAAUUUUUAGUUUCUACGUUUGAUUUGUAUUACGUAGUUAUUUUUUACUUUCUUCUUUUUUUAUUAUGAAUACACAAGUAGAUCUGAUGAAGCCUACGCAGUACGGGCGAAACACGUGUAAUCCUAUGACCUGAUAUUACAAUAUAUUUGAAAUCUGCUACUUGAAGUUUAAUUUAUUAACAUUUAAAGAAAUAAUUUAAUUUAUUAAAUGCUCAAAAUUUAAGCCGUUAUUGGCGAGGCAAUAGUAAGCCUAUAUUGAAACUCUUUAAGAAUAUUGACAAGGGUUUGUCUGCUAAUAGCUCUACGUUCUCAAGCAUUUCAGUCAUCAGUAUUUUUUUUAGAAACUUUGGUUUUUAAAUAUCCCUGAAGGAAAGUCUAACGGAGUUAAGUCUGAAGACCGUGUAGCCUUCAAUUGCACCAGGUCUACCAAUCCACGUCCCUGGAAAGCAUACUCUUAAACCUAAAUACAAAAUUAAACUUUCUCCUGUUUAUCUUAUUUUUUUUUAAGAGAGCCAUUAUGGGUGGUUCGUUAUGCAAUUAAAGUACUAUAUUGUAUUCAGAGACUUGGUAACCGUAAAAGCUACGAAAUGGAUUAAAACAUGGGGCAGUUGCAUAAUUUGAUAUUUAUUAAAAUUAUGUUUAAGAUAUUUAAAAAAAUACUAAUAGUUCCGGAGAUAUAACCGAGAAAGAUCCGGAGGUCUUAUGGAAGUAACUGCUAUAGUUGUUGGAUAUGCAGGAGUUAUACAUAAUUAAAAAGAAAACUAAAAUCACAAAUUACACUUAUUUGCCAUAAUUUACCCAACGUUGUAUCUGUUAUGGUUUCCGAGUUCCCAAUUGGCUCCCAUGAAUUUGAGAUACCCUAUACAUAAACAUAUUUAAUUAUACCACAUAUUUUAUAUUUCUUUUUUUUUUCUUUUGAUUAAUUAUGUUUUUUAAUUUCUUUCAAGUCCCGAAUUAUUAAAGAAAAAAUCAGUUUUGAAAAAUUACAUGAAUCAGUUUACAAUAUUUAUAAAAAAUUAUAUUAAAAAUAUACAGUAGCUUAAAGUUGAAACGCUCUUCAUACUGUAUUUUGAAAAUAAUAAAAUUUUCGCUUUUUCAACCGAUAAUUUAGAGAAAACAAAUUCUUUAAGCUCUGAUUUUACCAAGUAAUAAUAUAAACAUUAUGUGGCCAAAUUGUAAUGAAAGUAUGAAAUCUAGAAAAAGCAACACCUAUUUAAAUUGACGAGAACUUUUGUUGAUAAUUAAAUUGAUCAUAUAUAUUAAAAAAAAAUUGUAGUACUGAGACAGAUCAGAUGAAUUAUUCAUAAUUUUUAAAAUAACUUGGCCUAUUUUGCUUUUCUAAUUUUUUUUUACAUUACGAAAGCUCAAUGUACCUAGUUUGUUUCUUAUCGGCUUAUGUAUCAACCGAUUUAAAAAACAAUCAUAUCAAAUUAUUGGGAAAAAGAAACCGUAUUUCAAAAGUAGUUGUUCCUAAUAAUGUACUAUUUACAAAAAUAAAGUAAAUGCCAAAAUAAAUGGUUUUGGACAUUUUUAAAUAGGCGUGUAAACGAUUUAAGUCAUAAAAACCAAUGAAAACUAUUUUUUCGUGAUUACUUGAUUAAAAAUUAAAACUUUCACCGCAUUCAUGGCACCCUUUUUUAAAAUAAAAAAAAAAUUCUAUGAUUAUAAAACAAAAAGUAGCAAAUAGAGUAUCAUUAUUUUCAGAAUAUUAUUUUCUAUCGAAAUACGUAAUAAUAUACCAAGAGUCCCUUCCUGUUAAACCGGAAGUGAUGGAAAACAAGAGAAUAUGUCAAAAGAUUCUCUUAUAACUGUUUAUAGCUUUAUCUUAUAGCUCUUAUAUUGAUACCAAAUUUCAUUUGUUUAUCUUGAAAAGUAAAAAAGUUAUUAAGUGUUCCCUUUUUUCUGUGUCACCCGGUAUAAGAAAAACUGGAUAAACAAUCUCAGACUAUAAGUGGGGUGUCAUUGAUUUCUUUUUUUAGUAGAAAUAAAAAGCAUGAGAAUUCAUUUAUUUGGAAAUUUGGAUAAAUUGACUAUUUUAAUAAAGAUAAAAAUACAACAAAUUUUAAAAGAUGCAAAAAGAUUUUAUUGCAAUAUUAACUUAAAUCAGACUUACGACGUUUUUGAUACUGAUUUUUAUUUUAAAUUAUGGUAUAUGUCAAAAUAAUGCUGUUUUGUUAAAAAUAAAAUUAACAGUUAAAACUUUGCAAUAAAGUAUCGUAAAGUUAUAAUUGUUAAUUUUUUAUGUUUGGCUUAUGAUUUUUUGCCAAAUUAUAACAGACAUUUAUUUACACAAUUUAACAAAAAAAAAUAAGUACAAAAAUAUAUCUAUAAACAAAUUCAAAAUUAAAAACUAAAAAAUGAAUUACAGCUCUUUGAAAAGGUUGGCGUAGUAUGUGGUUUUUUAUUAACCAAAUCGACCACUCCAAUUAGAUCGUUUAUUUUUUAUUUUUUGGCAACCCUGUAAGUAAGGACACAUCUUGGUUUUAAAAUGUUCAUCACUGUAAGCAUCUAUAAUACCUAGCUCGUUGUUUAUGUGCCAAUUUGAACUAUCUCCCUUUGCCCUUGUUCUCUGUGGGGUUUAUAUCACUCUCCAACAGUUUUUAAGUUAAUUUAAAACUGUAAUAUGACAGUAUUACAGUUUUAAAUUAAUGUAAAGUCCUAUGAACCUGUUUAGUAAUACUUUUACUGGCUCUAACACAAGCUUUUUGGUAUCAUUAACAUCGUCAACAGCAUCAUUAUCAUGAACUGGAAUUUUCCGCAAAACCCGCUCUGGAUCUAGUGGCUCAAUUUCUGUUGCUUGAAAUGAGCUUAUAGGUUUGUUCUCACAGCAGUAAGAAACAAGUUUUCGACAAAUAAACAUGCGCAAUAGAGUAAAAUGCGUUCGCACAGGAACUUCUGAUCGGUUUCAAAUCAAAAGUUCGAUGUUCUUACACAAAUUUCUGAUCGUCAUCUUAUAGUCAGACUUGUUUUCGGAUUUAUUUCAAGCAGUGUCAGAGAAUUCGUGUAGCCAGUCAACGCCGAUCUUCGGAAUAUGAACAUAACCUCUAAAUUGUUGUUUGUAUUUUGUCGUUUUGUAUACUCCUUGAUAUUCGUUUUGAAAAUUGUAUUUUAAAUUGUUGGAUUAGUCUAAAAAUAAACAUUAAGGAAAUAGUGAUUUUGAAUCGUCGGAAGAGUCUGAUCAGAAUUUUGUUGAAUCCGAGUUAUGUUGAUUCCGACACAGACUUUAAAGAAGAUUUAAUUGAAGAACAGAUAAAGCCCAAAAAUCAAAACUAUUUUGAUGAAACUGUGUCCCAAUUUAAUAGAAUAGAAUUUCUCGACUAUUUUAGAGUAAGUCUUGAAGUUGCAAAUAAUCACACAACCUUAAACUCUAUUAAUAAUAUACAGCUAUUUCGAGGUUGUAGUAUAAUUUUUUUUUGUUUAUGUUUGAUUUAUUUUCCCAUUGCCCACUGGCAUAAAAAAGUGAGGUUAUUUUUCUUCUCCACUUAACCCGUAUUUGAUGUUCGCACAGACGGUUUCAAAUCGAUCAUAAGUUGUAAUAUUUUACGCAUGCUCAUCAAGAAUAGUUUGGAAACAGUUUCAAACCUGUAAGAAAUUUGCAGUGAGAACAAAUCUUAUGAGAUAAUUUUUUAUGGAUGCAUUAUUAAUUUUUCCCAAUUCGAUGAGCGUAGAGGCGGGAAGUUGGGGAAAGUCCUUUUUAUAUAUUGACGUCUCCUGCUUGUGUUCAUUUUCCACUUGGUAAAUAUAUGCCUCCAUGCAAUUUUAAAGGGAGGUGUUCUUAGGUGAGUGAAUUUUUCGGUAGGGAAUAAAAUCUUUGUUGUUUUUCUUUACAUUGCUCUAAAACACUAUCAGUAAAAUGAAACGAAAGAUUGUUCCCCAGCAAAACUUUUCAUCUUUUUGCGUGCGGAAAAAAUGACGACUCAAAACGCGCUGUAGCACAAUAGUCAUCAGUAUCAGCAGUGUAAAACUGAUACACUCAUAAGAAUAAUUUUGUCUGAGCAUGAAUAAUUUUGAAGAGAUAUUCGAAAGUAUUUAAAAUUUGGUUUUAAAACGGCUUUAGCUUGGCAACAAAUUCUGCAACGAUGCACGAUUUAAGCCCGCCAGUUAUCAGAUACAAAAGGGAUAUAAUCGAAGCACACAAAAAAGUGAAAUAAGAAUUACCAUACAUAAACAUAGGAACGUAAUUCAAAAUAAUCAUCAUUGUCAAAGAGACUUAGAUAUAUGAUCAAAGAAAGAGAAAGUAUACAAGUCUCACAAAUUGUGAGUAUAAUUGUGAGACUCUGACUUUGAGUAUACUUUCUCUUCCUUUGAUCAUUAUAGGAACGAUAACAUGGAAUCAAUACUCGCCAGACCUUAAUAAAAAAGGGUAUGGAGAACACACGGUACGUUAAGCUAAAAGAGGUCGAAAAAGCCUUACCAGAAAAAAAAGAAUAGUCUUUCUUACCUUAUGGAUGAAGUGUUUCGGAUGGACUGGAAAAAAUCGCCCGACCUAGAAUGGUAUAAAAUUUUGUUAACUCCUAAGAACUUGUCAUGCUCAUGAUGACAAUCAAUGUGACUGUCUUUAUGAGGAACCUGCAGUUUAAAUUUAAUUUUUUGUCAAUUCAUUUUACUUUCUUUGUAAUUAAUAACUCUGUAUAACUUUGACUUUUUUAUAAUUACUUUAGUUUUUGAAGCCAAACCGGCUAAAACCAAUUUAAAAUACAAUGGCGACCAUGUCGUUUUUAAAUUAUUGAGCUUUUCAAAACCUUUUAAACAAAAACUUAUCGGAAUUUGCCUUAAAGCAGAAAAAAUAUCGGAUACUAGUGGAAUUAAAAAAUUAGAUGUUUUUAUUUCUGGAUUUCCUUUUGGUCAAUUUUUUUGCUCUGUAGGAAGAAAGCGGAGUUUUUGUCUCGUUGCGUAAAAUAAAAAUUCUGCUUUUUUUUUAUUUGUAAUAAAAGUACACAGGAAAUUUAAAAAAGUUAGGUUGUAUGUGUAUCACCCUGAAUAGCAAAUUGUAUUCACCUUGAACACAAUGAUUUUGAACCUAUUAUUCUUAAUAUACUAUUUCUGCUUUGCGAUUUUAAAAAACUACACUUUUUUCACCAACCAAUAUUUCUUCCCGUCCGGGUAUUCGCUAUUCAAUCGGUCAUUUCCUUGGUAAAUCUCUCUUUAAGAGGCAAAACAUAAUAGCUAACGUAUUUAGAGUUGAGAUUUUACUAUAUCUUUACAAAUUUAUACACGGAUUUACAUUAACAAUUAAAUUUAUAUUUUAUUUACUACAUGAAUGGAAACUUUGAGAGUUCGUAGUAUCAUUUAAAAAAAAAGCCAAAAAGUCUCAAGUUAAAAACCUAAUAUCACGGUGAAUAUCAAAUUAGCAAUCGGAUUUUGUUCUAUUGUUGUUGCAAAUAGCCAGAAUAAUUUUAGGCAAUAAAGCUUUAAACAAACUCUGUAAAUUUUUUUAGACGAAUGUUAUUAAAAACAGACUUUGUUGAAAAGUUUUAUUUUGCACAAACCUUGUUCUAUUGUUUUUUUAAAAACAAAAACUUGCUCAGCUCAGAAACAACUGAAUAUGUAAGCGGAUUAUUUACUUUUACUGCUACCUUGUUUCGAUUAGAGUUUCAUGAAUCACUAGGUGGUAUUUAGACUUGUAUGUGCACAUCAGUAAAACCAAUUGGUUAUAAAACCUUGUGGUCGGUUAUGAUUAUCUGUUGUGUGGUCAGUUCUUUUAAAACUAUAACUGAUUUGUCAGUGUUCAUUACGAAGGGUGAUUAAAGUUUUAUAAAGUAUUGGGGACAAAAGGAUUAAAGCAUGAGUCCAGCUUUUUGUGAUCCUAAAACUGUUUACUGGUCAUUUCAUGGGCUUGGUUAAUUUUUAUACCGAAACACCGAUUUUUUUAUGACGAAUUAGGCAAAAAUUUUACGAUAAAUGAUUGUAGGAUUUAAGACUCUAGACUUUCAGGUCGCAAACUUAAAGGAAUUUGUUUAAAUUAUUUUGAUCCAAAAAUCUUGACUUUAGUAACAAUUUGGCUAGGUCAAAAUAUGCAUUUUUUUAAUAGGGGAUUCCAUAUAAAUAUUCAUAAACUAAGGUUUUCAAGGUAAAAGUGGCUGGACUCUUUUUUGACUACUUUUGUCCCUAACAGUUUUUGUCUAAAACUUUUUCGUCAACUCAAGGCUCUAAAUUUGUGAAUUAACGUAAAAUAUUUUUAUAUCGCAUCGGAUUUUUAUCAGAUUGAUUCCUCAUAAGAAUUUGUUUUAAUAUACUUACAGUACCGAGUAAAAGUAAAGAAACUUUUUUUUUAUUUUUAAAUUUAUUUUAUUAAAGUUAACUAAAAUUUUUUUAUCCUAUAAUACUACACCAAACUAGAUAAUAAAAAUAAAACAUAAACAAUAUAAUUCUACUUAUUAUAAAGCCAUAUGUAAAUUAAUUUAAAAAAAACAGGGUGCAAAAAUAGAGAAACACAUAUUUAAAGAAAAUAUAUAAUAACAACAAAUUAAUAUUUAGUCGCAUAUCCCUUAUUUUUAAUAACUGCAAGGCAUCUCCUUUUCAUAGAUCCAAUCAGAUUUCCUAAGGUCUCCUUGGGUACAGAAUGCCAUGCAGCUUCAACUGCUUCAAACAACUCGUCUCUAUUUUUAAAUUUUUCGGGAUGUUCCUUACGAAUUUUUUUGUCUACUAGAUCCCAUAGAUUCUCUGUGGGAUUAAGGUCAGGACUCUGAGCAGGCCACUUAACAAUAGUUAUUUUUUUGUCCUCAAAAAAUUUGUUUAUAAUUUUAGCUGUAUACUUCGGAUCAUUGUCGUGUUGAAACCUCCAUUGCAAUGGCAUGUUUUCCUCUGCAUAUGGCAACAUAUUAUCAGUUAAUAUUUCUAAAUAUUUAAAUCGAUCCAUAAUCCCAUCAAUUUUGACAAGGGGCCCAUUUCCAUACCAGAGAAACAACCCCACAUUUGUACAUUUACCCCUCCAUGCUUAAUAGUGCCCAAAGUAUACUUUGGAUCAACUCUUUUAUUUUUAGGACGCCUGACCCAUAAAAUAUCAUCAGAAGAAAAUAAAUUAAACUUACUUUUAUCCGAAAAUAAUACUGUAUUCCAUCUUGCUUCUGACCGGUUUAAAUGGUCAUGUGCAAAUUGAAGUCUGGCGGUUCGAUUCUUCUUCGAAAUGAAGGGUUUCUUGGAUGGUUUUCUUGCCGGCAAGCCACUGUCCCUUAAAGGUCUUCGAACUGUAUGGAUACUAAUAUUUACAUCGUCUAGUUGAGAUUUUAUAUCCACUGCUGUGUUAAAUGGAUUUUUAAGAGCUAAGGAUUUAAUUUUCUCGUCAACUCUAGGCGUCGUUUUUCUAGGCCUACCAGUUUUAGGUGGACUUAUUAAUGAGUUCCUAAUGCGGUGUAACUUUAUGGUUUUGGAAACGACUGAGCGGUUUAAUCCUAACUGCUUAGCAAUGAUUGCUUGCUUAAUUGCACCCGAUUGAUAUUUUGAUAUUAUCAACUGUUUUAUACAUAACGCCAAAGUAAUACCUCGAGGCAUAUUUACAGGUUAUUCUUUAUUAAUUAACAAAAUAUUAUUGUGUAUUGCUUUCAAUAAGCAAACAUAAACUAAGAACUUUAAAAAUGUUUCUCUACUUUUGCUCCUCAUAAAAUAAAGAUAAGCAAAUAGAUUGUUUUUGUUGCAAGAAUUUAUAAAUACCAAAUAUGUUUUUGCAUUCCUUUGAACCUAAAGAAAUAAUGUGAGUAUUUGUUUAUUGGCAAUAGUCGAUUACUCUGGCUUAAUAUUUAUUAAAUAAAAUUUUUCUCCACUUUUGCUCGGUACUGUAGAUGGUAUGCCAUUUUUAACAUAUAAUAUACGUCAAAAACAAUCUUACCGAUUAGAAAAGAAGAUAAAAUAGAAAAUAUAUCACCAAAACCAUGUGGCACCGUUAAAUAUAAUAAAUGAUGGCGUCAAUAAUCGGCAUUUAGGAUCGUGUUAUAUUAAAAUUCUUUUAGCUCAGUGAGCAUUCCUCGAUUGUAUUAAUGAGUUAAAUAUGAAAUUUGUAUUUUUUUAAAGCUUUUCUAAAAGGCGUAUAAAAAAAAUAUUCACUGCAUUAUAUUUCUAUUCCGCUAAAGAUAACCAUUGGCCCAAAACUAUUAAUUUAUUAUUAAUUAUUAGUAGUUUGUUGGUUACUUAUUUUGUUGGGUAAUACGUCACUAUUUAUUAUUUAGAAGAAAUAUAAACUUUGAUUGAAGGAUUUAAGACUCUAGAAGAUUAAGAUUUAAGAAUCUAAGAUUCAAGUUCAUAUUUCUUCUAAAUACGUGAAUUAUUCUAUUUUUUUCAUCUUUUCAAUAAUUGAGGUUAUGACAAUUUUAUAAAUUGAUAUUUACUUAAAUAUUGACGUACUAUUCAACAAAAUAAGUAAAUGGUAAAAGCACUACAAAUUACAACAAUAUAGAAUUCACUUAAGCAGCUUGUUGCUAAUUAAAUAUGUCUUUUGUUCCUGGGUCGGCACCCAGGAACAAAAGACUAAUUUAAUUUAUACAAAGGUUUUAAUUUAUCACGAAACCCUCGCAUAUUAAUUAUAAUAAAUGACGACCACAGGCAAAGAAGGCGCUAUGUCAAAAAACGGGAUUUCGAGAAAACCCGUUCUAAAGCAUUGGAACCUUUAUUUUUGUUCAUUUUGUUCAAAUGUAGCUUUCAUGUUUAUUAUUAUAUUAAUGUUUAUCUAGUAAAUUAAAUCAAAUAGUAAAUAAAUUCUACAAAAAGAAGAAAAAGACACCUCAUUACAGAAAAAAAGGUAAAAACGCACUUUGUCAUAUUAUGAUUUAUUACAAAACAUUAUGAUUCUUAACCUAAGUUUAUCAUUAAAAAAAAUCUUAAUUGUCUAAAAUUAUUAAUAGUAGCAAUAAUUAAUUUUUGUGGUGGCCAUUAUCACUUUCUGGAAAAUGGAAUGCUGUCAAAGUAUUGCUGAGCCUCGGAUCCGCAAAUUUUUUUAAGAUCUUGUAAAUCUUUCCACUUUGCAUGACUCAAUGGUAAUGGACCUAAAAUUUUAAAUUCCCUGUAAUAGUAAAACUAUUUAAAAAUUUCUCAUACACUAAACUCACCAUCAAAUAACAAAUCGGGAAGAUUAAAUUCUCCAGCUUUAAGCAGUUUAUUAGGUCGAAAUUUUCUGUCCCACAUCCCAUUGUAGCUGUUUCUGAAGUAGAUUAAUUGGGGAUGUUUUCUCACAAUCUUCAGUUCUCUUAUCGGUCUUGUUGAAAAAGGACAUUUUCUUCUAUAUUUGGGCUUCAAAAAGGAUGUCCAGUUUCUAACAAGAUCUUGUUUAGCUUGAACAACUUCAAAGGGCAUAGGCCUUGCCCUAGCAGAUUUGAAGCGAUUAUACCAGUCCGUGGGUAAUUCUGCACGUAUUUUUUGGUUAAUGAGACCAAAAUCUUUGUCACAUUCCAUGUAACUAUGGCCUCUGAUUGGGAAUGUUAUUUUAACUGAAUCUAGUUUCUUUUCAGUAUGUACUAUGUAAUGAAGAGCACGAAUUAAAGUGUAGUUUUUAUUUUGGCCUCCACACGAGCCACAAAAAAUCUCCAAAUGUCGAACAUAUUCACCAAGAAAGUUAACUAAAAAAUGAUGGAGUAGAGAGCUAACGGAGUCACUACCUUUAUUUCCAGUAAUUUCUGGAGUCAUGUAAAACACUGUAUGGGAUGUGGAUAAAACAUGAAUGUUGAAUGAAUAGAUGGAAAGUUGUCUUUUGUAAUAAACAUCAUUCGUUGUUAUAUUAGGAACUGGCAGAUUUUUUGCGUAAUCUAAGCAGAUAGCUUCUGUAGAAAUGCUCUUCUGGCUAUUUUUCUUUGCAUUUCGUUUCCUCUGGUAAAAUACUUCUGCUUUUAAUUUGUGUAACUUGUUUUCCAUUUCAAGUUUUUUUAUGUCUCUCUCUAUUUGUUUAUAUUUUACAGAUAUUUUGUCUUCUAUGCUUUGUUUACUAGCUUCCAAUCCUUUUAUUUUCGCCAAAUGUGUAUCACACUCACUGCAGGGUUCUGCCUUGUGUGGAAAGCCGAAAGCUAUAUUAAAUUCUGAACUAAAUAUAGUUCGAUAUGUUUCAUAUGAAACUUUUAUUAAGGGAAACUUCUCUUCAAACAUUUUAAACAUCUUUUUAAUGUUCAAGUCUUCAGGCAAAUAAACUUUGGUGGUUUUUCUUAGGCUAUAGUGCGUCUUACGCCAUUUAAAAGAUUUAAUAUGAUCCCGGACUAGGUUUCUGGAGUUCUCUGAAAGCUUAUGAGGACGAUUCAAGUUUUUGCCCCUGCGGUCACGUGGAGCCUCACCUUUUUGUUUUAAGGACCUUUCAAGUACUUUCAGUUUUUUCCUUUCAAUGCCAUGCAUCGCCAAAAAAGCUUUUUGACACACCUGCUUUUCUUGUAUGCUUCCAUUGGCAGAGAAUCUUAUUCUAUAAUGAUAGGAGGCAUUGUGAAGUACAGCAGCUUCUGCUGUUUUGCGAGGCCUUCUCUGUUUUAUUGGUAAUACUGUGAUUAAACCGCAUAAGUAGAUAUUUUGCUCAUCAACCGAAUUUAAUUCGUUAAACCGCCUAAUUACCUGUAACCUUUCUACUUCGGGCACAUUUUCAAAGCACUUGUAACGUUUGCAACCAUAAUCUUUGCCAAUAACAUGGCUUCUUAAGUUGAUUUUUUUCAUAACAUCACUUAAUUUUCCAUACCGUUUCCUUUUCGGCAAAGGCAGGCACUACUACAUCACUACUUUCAGAUUCCGACAUAAUUAUUAUUUUUACAUCAAGCACCACGUGUUAAAAUAAACAAACUAAUUCAAAAUAAUCAUCCAUUACUCUAAAAGAGACUUAAGUAUAUUAACAAAGGAGGGAGAAGGUAAACUCAAAGUCUAAGUCUCAUAAAUCAAGCGUCUAUUUUAGGUUACGCGUAAAUAAAAUUACUAAAUUAAAUGAUACAGGACAGAACGCCAAUUAACAGAACAGAAAAGACAUACCUAUCUAAAUACAAAAGCCACACACUAACAUCACACUAACAUAAAAUAUAAAACUAUAAAAAAUAUAAAAUAAAAUCCACUAUAACAAUACAACAUCGUGUAUCGUUAUUGACUAAAAUAUGGACUUUAAAACGCCAAAUAUCACAUCCAGUACAUAUUAUACAUAUUAUCUUAAAAGGAAUGAAAACAAAUACAAUUAUGAAAGGACAAACAAUAUAAAAAAAUUUAAAAAAGCUUUUUCAAAAAAAUGAUUUAAUUUAAUAGGGAUCUAUAAUUCUAUCUAAUUCUAUGGAUCUAUAUAUUCUAGGAUCUAUAAUUUGGGAUAAACAAAUUAAGCCAUAAUUUAAUACGAAAUGCAAAUCAAUAACAAAAAAGCAAAGGUUUAGUCGGACUAAGCGCCUUCUUACCCACCACCGCACUGACAUGGCGCCUUUUUAGGCUGUUCGUCAAUAUUAAAAAUUGAAAUUACUCCUGACUGAGCGCAUUUAUAGCCUGAACGAUAGGAUAGGGUUAAACUUUUGAAAUUUUUCUAAUAGAUGGCACUGAUAACUCAAUUUCCUUAAAAAUUGACAUAGCGCCUUCUUUGCCUGUGGUCUUCAAAUGAAAAAGACAUAAAGCCAAAAACUUGAAUUUGAUUUGUCGAAUAUUUCGUGGGGUUUUAUCAGAUCUGAAAAGACCAAUUUUAAACAUCACAAGUUCGCAGUCUUAAUUAAAUUUUUAAGAUAUAUAUUUUAUAAACUUUACAUUUUAACUUAUAUUAUAAGAUUUCUUACUAACGUCUUAUCUAAUAAUUAACUUCGUUUAUUAAUUUAGUAACCGAGCCAACGCGUGAUACAGAUUGCCCUUUCAUUGUUUAAUUUUCAAUGUGAAUCCCCACGAGCGUAUUUGAGGAGUUCUCAAAACGAAAAUCAUCCAUCAAAACUUUUUUCACCAACAACAAAAAACGAAUAUUUCUUGUUUCCGUUCAUUUUAAACCUGCAUAGUAAGUUAUUUUCAUAGAUACUGGUCGAUAUAUCUUUAAAUAGUUCUAAUUGAAUUCAAAACUAACAAAAAUUGUGAGAAAAUGUCAAUAAACAGUUGGGCAUAACGCUUUUUGAUCCAUUACUGCGGAUCUAAUGCUUUUGGUUGUAGCCGAUAUGGGACUUGAUGCUCUAUGUUGUAAAUAUUAAAUAGAGAAUAAAUAAGAUUAAACCCAGUUGAGCAGUUUUUUCACUUAAUAUAAAAUAGAACACAUAAAACCAAGAUACGAGAAAUAAAUUUAAUACAAAAACUUAUAAAUUAAAUAUGGUCCACUUGGUUUUCUUCUAAGCAUUCGCAGAAGUUUUCUUCUUCUUCAUCGUCUUGAGCUCGUUCUGACAUUUGUGGUGCAAUACUUAAGGCAUUGUUAAAGAAAGCCAAAGAUACUAACGGAAUUUUAUCUUCCCAGUCGACCCCAAAUCUAGCUUGAAGCAACUUUUUUAUCAUCUUUUUUUAUGUUCGUUGAUUAAAUUCAUGAGUAGGACGACAGAUGGCUUUUGUACGUUUUUUAGAUUCUAACCAUAUUUUACUAAUGGCAUUGAUAUUUUUGAUUCGUAGUCAAAAUAAUACGAUGGUUCAAGUUUGCUUUUGACAUCGAAGGACUCAUUUUUGUGGCGUCCAUUAUGUCGACGAGAAAUUUUCUCGUCGUUUUAUACAUAAUGGACGCCAGUUUUUGGCGGAAUAUACCACCAACAAAUAUCACAAUUUUUUUAAAGUAAAGCAAUAGUUUUUAAAUAUUUAUUAAAACCAUAUUACAGAAACACUGUAAUUUUAUAUGUAUGGAUCCACAGAUAUUUGAAACACUAUUAGAUUACAGAACUACACUCCGGGCAGCAAUUGUUGAAUUCGCUGGAAUUAACAACUCGUUGUUUAGCUUUGAAAUAUGGCAUGACCAUUCUUCUACCUGUUUACCUACAAUUUAACCUUAACCAAUUACUUGAUAGGGAUUGUGUGGUCAUGUGAUCAAUUAUGCCAGAUAAAUACGCUCGUGGGGACUUCCCAUUACUCGACAGGUCGUGGGCGUACAAGAAAAAGUCCAUAAAAGUUAAAUGUGCGAAAAGUGGACAUGAAGAUUAAACUUUGCCUGUAAAUGUUUUUGGUCAUAUGAUAUUUGAAAUUAUUAAUCGUGAUUUAUUAGCUUUUUUUUAAAUUGAUUACUAAAACACCUAUAUAUUAUUUAAGCGGUGUUUUUUUUUCAGGUGUUUAAAUAAACGUUGGACUUUUUUCUGUUUAAUUUUUAUAUAUUUUUUUGGACAUAAUUAAUUAAUGAGAGAUUAUCAUCUUUGCUACUCUCGGAUUCAGCAAAAUUCUUUGGUGCGUUUGUAGAGGUAGGCAGGGAAUGUUACCAUCCAUGGAAUUCGCCGGGUGUAUUUUGAUUUUCACAGUUUUAGAAAAUCCUUUUUCUUUUCACUUCUUGGCAACUGCUCGUUAUAUAAUUUUUUAAAAAUCUUAGAUAAGUUUGGGUUUUUUCCCUUACGUUAAUGCAUUUGUAAGGGUCGUAUUUAUAUUCGCUAACGAUUUUCCUUUGAAUAUUUGAAACUUUUAAUAAGUAGUAACCAAUUAACUGGAUUGCCUUCAGUUUAAUUUUUAUUUCUUAGUAAUCUUUCAGACAAAGCCUUUAGGUCGUAGAAGUCAUAAACCCAUUAAUUCCCAAGGGUAAAAAUUUAAGUUUUAUAAACGGUUUAGUUGUUCAUUGUGACUUAAAAUACGCAAAUUAAGUAUAAAAAAAUUAAUAUUUUUUUUGUUUUGAUGAAAAAAAAAUGUUGCGUUGACAUUAGUCAACAUAAAUCAAUUUUUAUGCUCCAAUAUGAAAUAAAUUAAAACAAUUUCUAUGAAGAUGCACUUUGAAUUUUUGCACAUAUACAUGGUCUGACUUUGACACUAGCGGAAUCUUCUUCUCAUUUUUUUUUCUUGUUGAACUAUAAUAUGUCCAAUAUUAUCACACUGCACAGCAAACGGUAGCGCGUUUUUUGAAAGACGACCAAGCGUUGAGUUGUUAAAAAAGUUCUGCGCAUUAAUCUUAGCGUAUAGCGUUUACACCAUUUCUGCGGUAAUGACUGUUUCAUAUUUUAUGACGGCAACCGCAAUUUGUGAUUUAAAGUCUAGUUGUCUUAUUUUUUUUUUGUUGACCAUGUUGUGUAUUUUCCAGGCAUUUACAAUAACGCUAUCCACAAGGUUUGUAAAAAGCGGCCAACACUAUUACUCUACAUCUAUAAUUCGAUAUACCGCCAAGCCUCGGGUAAAGUUAUAAGUUAAAACUAUUAAGUUCUUGCCCAUUGACAAAUCGAGUUAUACCACAAUAAUUUUUUAAAUUCGAGCAUUUUCCACUAUUUUUUUAGUUAUAGUAGAAAAUGGAAUGAGCUAGUGAUAUAUAAGCAAAUGCAAAUAAUCGUUAACAUUAUUAACGGCAAGUUUUUAAGGAGUAAUUACGAAUAAAUAGUAUAUGUUAAUAAUUGUAAUAUAUUAUUAUGGUACUACAUAUUCUAUACAUAUUUGACUAUACUUUUGACAUUGACUGUACCAUUUAUUUGAAGUUGUCUAAUUUAUGAUAAAAUUCGGUCUUAACAGUCGUCGGUCUGCAUCAUUAAUUAGAGAACUUUGAUUUAUUUGGCUCUGGUUUUCACCCGUCUUAUUUUUGAUACGGUCUAAAAAGAAAAUAUUUUCAUACAUUUUACAAAAAUAAAAGCCAAUAACCACGUAAUACAGUAUUAAGUUGUACCUACGAAGCAUUCAAUAGCAUAUAUCCAAUGAAAUACCUCAACGCUCAGUUUUGCAGUUUUUUCUAUAAAUUGCGCGAAAAUCUUACGAAUACCAGGGCCAAAAAUACUCUAUUUAUUAGGAAAGAAUGUGUUCAUAUAUAGUUUCACGUGAACAUUUUAAAAUGGGUUAAAUUAUGAUUUAUAAAUAAUCUCAUUUACAGACAUAUGUAUCCGAUUAUAUCCGAUCAUAUAUUUACGAAUUGUACAAUAUACAUUCCGCGAAAUUUUAACAUUUUGAUUAUGCAGAUUUCUCGUCAUAUUUUAAUCCUAAAAGAAAGACAGUAAUAAUCAUUAAAAUUAUAUGAAAAGACUAUGUCUAAUCGCGCUACAACAUAUUUUGAUCUUGGAUCGUUCGUCAUAUUAAAAUUUAAAGGUUUAAUUUGGUUUAUUAGCUCAAAUUGGAUGCUAUUUUCGUAACAUUGAUAACUCAUCUAAAUUAAAAAAAAGAUGAAUAGGCAAAUUUACCGCUUUGAUUUUAAUAAAGUUUCAGAAACAGUACAAUUGAACAAAUUCUAUUUUGUGUUUUGCUCAAGCAGGUCUUAACUUUACCACGAGUUCCAAACUAAUUUGAAAUAUAUCAUGUCAAAGUUAAAAAAAUAUUUUCUUUCUGAAACAAAACUGUUAUCUCAUUACUUCAAGUGUAUAAGCCUUUGUUCUAUAAGGUCACUUUAGGGUCUUUGAGGCUAUUAGUUUAACUGAAAAUCUCCCUAUUUUUGAGCUUAUUUCAUAUAAAUUUUAAUGAAACUGUUUGUGGCUUUCUUUUAUUAGCUGCUGCUGAUCGGUUUAAAACUUGUCUUUUUAUGCUUUUUGUGUCUUUUCGUGAAAGUUCUCAAGUAUUAACUCCCAAAAAAUUCAAAUUAUGUGUUUGUAUGUUAGUCCUAUAGUUGGACCAUUGGUCCUGCAUCCAUUUUGGAUAGUAAAACUUUUUUGUGAUUUGUUGGUAUGUUGUUUUAAUCCCAUUGCAUAAGAGUUUUUAAGCUGGUUGCUCAGGAUUUUCGUCAGUAAUAACACAAUUAAACAUCUUUUUUUUAAAAUUCCCUAUAAGUUUAUUGUAAUUCAUACUUUCUAGAUAAAUCAGUCUUAAGUUCUUUAAAGCUAAUUGUGGAACCGAAAAAAUCUUGAUCUUGUGAUAAUUGUAAUAUCAGCGGUAGUUAAUGUAAGUUGCCGAUGUUCUGCUGAUUUUUAACUGUUGUUGUCUAAGGAAUUAUAUGCUUAAGUUAUGAAAUACAGUUUUGCUUCAUAAAGGAAAUUACAGAAGUUGUGAAUUUUGACACGAUCUGGUUCAAAUUAGUUUUGAACUCGUAGUAAAGUUUGAGCACAACAUUUGGAGAAUUUUUUUAUUUGGACAACAGAAACUCCUUACUACUAAUUGUGUAGUUAAAAUUUACCAGCCAAAAUUUCAAGUCUAAGAUAGAAUAGUUCAAGAAAAGUAAAAAUAGUACUUAGAAAAACCUAUAUGUGCUCAUCUUUCAUCAAACUGUUUAACAUUUUUGAAAUAUUAAUAGCUUUAAUAUAUGGUAUUUUGAAGACGUUUUCAAUAGUAACUCUAACUAACUAAAGCUGAUUUCGAAAAAUUAAAUUGUUAUAGCGCACAAAAAAGACACUAAUCAACUGAAUUAAUAUUAAUUGGUACUUUUAACUCGAAUAUUACACAUAAUUUUAUAACUACCUACCAUAUUCCAAUUCUAUAUACAACUUUACCUCUAUUCCAUUGUUAUCUUAAAACCCAAAUUAAAAUGUUCACGCAAAAUAAUCAAUAGUCUUGAAUUUGCCGUCAGAAUUGUUCAUAUUAGCAGCAAUUAGGUGCAAGAAAAUAUUAGCUUAGAAAAUGGCCUAGUUACAGAUGGCAUUAAAAUUUGGUUUGAAAUAUUACCAAAAUUAUAAUGCAAAUGGCAUAUUUUCUUUGUAUAGACAAUACAUGACGGUGAGUGGGACUCGUAACCAAUUUUAAUUUAAUAUUGUUGAGUUUUAGGUAAAGCAAAUAUUUAACGGGAUUUUUUUUUGUAAAUAACAAUUCCCGGAUACUUUUAAGUCUGUAAAACACGUUUUUAUUUAUUUUGAUUUCAUGACAUGCAAUCAUUUUCAUUUUUCUGCCGUAAAAAUUAGGUUUUUAUCGCUAUGACCGAGAGUCCAUAAAGUAGUAAAUAUAAUGAUAGUGUAAAUUUUACAUAAGCCCUUCAUCUAUAAAUUCCUAUUUGCUCUUAAAUAAAUUUACAAAGGGA